AUGAUCCAAACACCGUCCGACGCAGUCGCUGCAAACCUUAAUCCCACAAGUCCCCGCGUUACAGUAGGCUGCGGGGACGCAGUUCCAGCUGGCCAAGUACCCCUUCCCCGCUGUGUAUCGGACAUAGGCUUUGGCUACGCAGCCGCUCAAUACGAUAUCAACACGCGGAAAUUAUAUCGCUCUAUUCGUAGAACAAGUCAUCUAACCACAUUCUUUGGCCAAUACAUUUCUUUCGAUAUUGUCCAAACAACCACGAAUGUGACUGCUAAUCCGAUAGCUGUUCCAAGGGAUGAUGAAACAUAUAGCGGGUUCGCACCGUCAGUUCCUCUUUUUAACUUUAACAGGUCUGCAUUUACUGACAAUACCCCAGCAGGACAUGCAGGGAUCAAUCAAGCAUCCCCAUACUUGGAUUUAGAGCAAUUAUAUGGUAACAAUCCUGCGCUGCAACUGCAAUUGAGAGAUACCGCUAGUUCAAGAGGUUAUCUAAAGACUGGUAGUCCUGGAUAUGCUCCAUUCGAUCCCGCUAAUCCAGUAAAAUACCUCGUCGGCGCUGCCAACCCUCGAUCACGUAACUUGUUCGUAAUGGCCAUCCACACUGUUUGGUUACGUAAUCACAACAGACUGUGCGAUCAGUUGUGGGCGUCACACGGUACGUCAUGGACCGAUGAAGACUACUUCCAAGCAGCGCGUAGAUUGAACAAAGCAUACUAUCAAAAGAUGGCCACGGAAGAAUACCUGGGUGUAGUUCUUGGGCGUCCUUUACCAUUAUAUACUGGUUAUAACCCCAAUCUACCUGUCGGCGUUGAUACUGUCUUUGGUAGCAUCACAAUGCGAUACGGACAUACUGAGCUGAGCGAUUCAUAUCACUUGCAAGAUAUCAACGGCGAGGAUUUGGUUACUAUUCCAUCGACCAAAAUCAACGACGAGACUCUGCUCGAAAAGUUUUCGUUAGAAGUCGUUUUGAGGUCGCUGGCCAUGAUCAGGCAAGAGGAAGUCGAUGGAUUGAUAUCGGAUAAUAUUCGUAAUAAUUGUCCAACUCAAUUGCAGUGUUUCGAUAACGCGUCUACUGACGUCAACAGAGCUAGAGAUAGAGGUAUUCCAGUGUAUAAUGUAGUGAGACAAGCAUAUGGGUUUCCGCCAGCGAACGGUUUUGCGGACAUUACUAGCAAUCCUGUAAUGCAAACUCGGCUUCAAGCAAUUUAUGGAACUAUUGAUCAAUUUUCCAUCUUUCGUGAUACCGAUAAAACAUGGUACGAAAACACGCUCACUGAUGAUGAGAAACUAGUUCUUCGUAAUACAACUUUCCGGGACAUUGUCCUUGCGAAUCUCAUACUUCCUGAUGGGACAAACUUCCCGCAGAAUGUCUGGACCGUACAGCCCGAUACCGCAUCCUCGGAUAGUCAAUUAGACGCCGAAUUUCCUGGAAAAGUUUCUCCAUGGACGCCCUAUACGUUGAGGUGGAGGAUCGCGGGAACCACGAUUCACUUUGCAGUCGAACUAGCCACGUCAUCUGGAAACGGAUGGUUUGGAAUUGGAUUCGGUCCUACUGACGAUGGUAUGACUGGAGCCGAUAUUAUUGUUGGGAUCGUCAAUAAUGGAAACGUCGUAAUCAUGAACUAUUAUGCGACCGGUUAUCAGCCACCUAUUGUUGAUCCCGUUCAAGAAGUUCAAACUGAAAGUCAGAGCGUGUCUAAUGGACUUGCGCGUGCUCAAUUCACGCGAUCUCUAACGUCUAGUAAUAGUGACAAGCGUAAACCUAUCAAGAACCAAGACUUGAAGGUGAUUAUGGCGUACAAUCCAGUCAGUUCGAUCUUGACAUAUCACGGCAACAAUCGUCAAAAGUUUCGCAUUAACUUUUACACAAAUACAAUUGCGUCCGAUGCUAAUGCUGCGUCGAUUAUGCGUACCAGAAUAGCACAUGGAGUCUCAAUGUUUAUUGCUUGGGGAAUUAUCUAUCCAGCUGCUGCAUUUAUUGUUCGUUACUACAAACAUACAUACGGAUUUCUUAAAAUUCACGUAAACAUGCAACUGUUUGCUUCUUCUCUAGUAGCUACAAUGGGCGCUGCAGUUAUUGCUACUAUUAGCAAGACUAUAUGCGUGCAUGCAAAGGUCGGGCUGGUCGUGUACGGCUUUACCUACGUACAAUUGGGGUUGGGUGUUUGUUCUUUCUGGCUUUUAAAGAAAAUAGAAUCUGUGAACGAAGGUAUUCCUCGAAUAAUUAAACGGGCCCAUCGAUACAUUGGAGGAUCACUUAUAGUUGCGGCCCUUGUCAACGUUUACCUCGGUAUCCAGCAAUUUAGUUUACAAUAUGGGUAUAACGACUUACCAUUGAGGAUUGCUUAUAUAGCAUACGUAUCAGUCGUUGUCAUUGUAUUUAUAUUCGCCGAGUUGUGGCGCACGUUUGAUGGAGUCUUUGUCGCCAGAUCAUGUCGAAAAGAAGAUAUUGCAGAAGCAAAGAAUAUGUUGUAUGCAUAUCUCACUGUCGAAAAACAUGCUGAUUUGCCGGAAUAUACUUGGGAUGAAAUCAACGAAAGGGUGCAGCGUGGUGCAUUUUUGGUUGUUUGUGAUGGUCUGGUUGCCGAUAUCAGGAAAUGGAUCAGUAUACAUCCAGGCGGUUCCAAAAUUUUAGAAAGAGUUAUUGGAACUGAUAUUACUAACGACUUUUACGACACGCACAAAAUAGACUUGAUAAAACAAAAGGAAAAAGAAGAAGCUAUAGAAAAUAAAGAUAUGAUCUUUUCUCAGCCAGCCAGUCUUAUCUCCCCAGUGCUAGGCGAAUUUUCUCAUCUGUGGGAAAAACGAAAAGAGAUGACGGCCCGCCACCGAAAGACAAUUUUGACCACUCUUGACGACACAAACAUUAAAAUUUUCCAUAAAUCUCGCGUUCCAAUCGCGCGUCACAAGCACACGGCAUUUGCCACCAUGCAGUUUGCAUCAAUGGUUAUCGGAAAAGUGGCGGAAACUAACUAUACAGUAGACAAGAGUCUCGACGUUUUCGACCCGAACCUCAGAUCACACUUUAGACCAGAGACUACGCCGUUCUUGGAGUUUGAUAUUGCAAAGGAUACGUCAAACAGAGUGUUUAGAAGAUAUCAAUUGACUGCCAAGGAAAUGAUAAACGCCAAUCCGGAAUCUCCAGUCUACAGAUUAACCUUUACCAAAGUACAUCAACCCAAGAAAGCCGGUGGCGACCGUUUUCUCCCUGGUGAUUACGUCGAACUUCAAGGUCGUGUUAAAGGACAAGUGAUUGUGCGUAGUUACACUCCCAUCGAGGGACGUAUGUCGAAUACGUUCUCCAUCAUUGUGAAAAUCUACCCUGACGGUCUCAUGUCACAACUCCUUCAUAACCAGCUAGUAGGAUAUGAAGUCAAAAUCCGCGGACCGUUUGAUAUAUCUGAUCGUAUUGGAGUUUCGCACCUGUCACAGAAUGAGUUGUCGACAGUUAUGGGAAGAAGAUUUAGCACGACUCGUUCUGAAGUGAGCAUGAAUAGUAAUUUUAACGGACAUUUAUUACUGAAUCCUGAUGCGUCUGAUGGGUGUUGGGAUGAAUUGUUUAUGAUUGCUGGUGGUACGGGUGUUACACCCAUGUUACAGUUAAUCAAAUACUACCUAAAAACGAUAGCUUCAAACCGCGACCGUCGCCUUUCAAUGCAUUUACUUUUCGCCAAUGAAACGGUUGAAGACAUUAUCGACGGUCUUAAACUCGAAGGUUUUGCAGCUAUAAGCAAAGGGAUGCUGACAGUUACUUACAUUCUUACGAACCCACCUGAAAAUUGGAACGGUCUUUCCGGCCACGUUAAUACGGAAAUUCUUAAUAACUGGAUUAGUCACCAUGCGCGAAGAGACACGAUAUUCAAUCAACCGUCGAUGCCACAGCCAUUGACUAGUAGCGUGGGACAGGAAUCAUCAUAUUACGAUGAUCAAACGGGGUCUGAACCUCGAUACGCUCAUGCGGAACUUGACGAGGUUAACAAUGAAGUAAUACACGCAACCGUUGAGACCGUUGGGAGCGUAGAUGAAGUUAACCAAGAAUCCAUUACUGUCACCCACGCCGUCGAAUGCUUAUUACCAAAUACCGAGGAUGAAAAUUGUUGCAUGUGGACCUUCGCCAAUGUUGCUGGUCGUGCAGAAUUCUUUGAAGGAUAUGGGUUACUCUGA